UGAACGAAGUGAACAAAUACGCCGCCAUUUUCUCUUGUGCAUUUCUAUGUCAAUAGUUUACUAAUAUCAAAAUUUGGUGGGGUUUUGUUGGGGUAAAUUUCCCAAUUUUCCCAUAAAAUUAAAAAGUUAUUAUAUAGAAUAGUGCAAAAAGAGUAGUGUGAUAUCGAAAAAAGGUUUAUAUGUUAUUUGAAUUAUGUAAUGACGCAUCGAAGGGGCCAAUAAAGCCAUUGAAUAAGAGUCGUGUGCGUGAGCGAGCCGAGCUGUGGCCAACGGCAACAGCAGCAUCAACAUUCGUCCAAAUCACAACCUGAAAUUGUACCAGCAACGUUAUAAGCCAUAAGGAGAAUCAACGAAAUAUUAUAGUAGCGACUUUAUAUUGGGGUCUCUACCUCAUUGUGCAGCAUACGCUGCCUAAUUCAAAGGCAUUGUGAGCCUCCGUAAGUUCUCAAGCUAGAACAUACCCCGAAUUGUUUAAAAGUUGUUUGUGUUUCUGUGUGCACGUUCAAAGACCGAGGAAGUCUCCUCGAACUUUACUCUUGCGAACUAAGUCGUUCAUACCUGUUCAAAAGUAAAAUAGGGGUGCCGAAGGGGCAAGUAUAAAAUUACUACGAAGACAAUAGGAAAAUAAACCAACAAAGGCAGGAGUUAAAAUAGUGAAUCUGAACUAAAACAUAUACUGGUAAAGGUUUGGCUUGCGGAUUUAAUAGAGAUAAAUCACUCAUUGCGAAAAGGCAAUAUAAUCUCCAUCUUUCCCAAUCCUCGCAAUGGCAACCAGUGAUGACGAGCCGAUGCACCUUUAUGAGGUAUUCCAAAAUUGUUUCAACAAAAUCGCCAACAAACAACCGUCCACAGGAGGCGCCGAGCGAAAUGGUGGCUACCAAUCACCUUACGGUGGACUGGGAAUGGAGAAUGGAAUGUACCCCAACGACGACUUUAAUCCAAUGCACGACACAGCAGGAAGUAGUAAUCGCUUUGGAGAUGGAGGACCUGUAGUAAAUCAGUAUUUCGACACUAAUCUUGGAAAUGGUGGAGGUGUCCCUCCAAGUGGAUCUGGCGGAUCUGGUGGUGGCUGGUAUUCUUCUCCCGUAGGUGGUUACGUGAAUCAAAAUUCAUAUCAAAACAAUGGUCCGCUUGAACCUCAUCACCUAACGGCACAGCAGCACCACAACGCUGAAGCGCAACAUCAUGGUAUUGGUGGUGGCGGUGGUAUGGGUGGCGGUCUUCCCAUUGAUAAUGUCGGUAUGCACAGUCCUGUGCCUACGUCUCUACCACCCAUGAGUUCGUUUCGAAGCGGUACUAACAACUUACAACAAAUAAGUGGUCCUGCGGCUCAUUCCCCAGCGGCGCUCUAUAAUUCGCCACAGCACAAUGCCCAACACAACGCACUGGCGACGGCCAACGCUCACGGUCAUCACCCCCUCUCGCACACCCAUCACAACCAGCAACACAGUCCGGCGGUACAGUCUGAUGCCUUCGGUGUAGGUGUUGGUGUUGGGAGUCUUGGUCUUGGACCGAAAGGACCUUCUGCUGCUACUGGUAAUGCGACUGCCUCUUUGCGACAACAUAUGUACAUGACAGCAGCUGCAGCGGCUGCCGCCGAUCAGAGUAUUAGCAGUUUUAGUUCGAAUCCGUCGACGCCGGUGAACUCCCCACCGCCAUUGACACAAAGUGGUUUGACACAAUCUCUACUUGAUAAGUCGGUCGUGGGCAGUACAGGAGGAGGACCGCCAUGGGGAGCGGUCUUAAACGGUACUGGAGGAAGUGUGAAUUCAGUCGGGGGAGGAGGAAUGGGAGUUGGUGUAGGAGGUAGUUAUGCUAGUGACGUUGGACCAUCGGGCUUGCACACAAUGGCCGCCGUCUUCCAAGGUGCGCGCAUGGAAGAACGUCUUGAUGACGCGCUGAAUGUGCUACGUAACCACUGCGAGCCUGAGCUGCUGGGCGGCGUAGGCGCAGCUCUUUCUGCCAUGGACAAUAUGGACGGUUUGUCUAGCUUUGUGCCAACCUCUCCACCCUCUCAUAUGGUCGGCGGUGUAGGCAGCACAAGUGGUGUUUCAGCUCUACACUCGCCACAUGAUGUUCUAGCUGGUGCGGGGCCCUCCGUUGAUACGGUAGGCGGUGGUGGAAUGAAUUCUACUCAAUCUGCUGUUACACAAAUAAAAAUGGAACGUACAUCUACGACCACAUCUAGCGCACCUGGAACCACGACAAAAUCGUCAAAGAAACGAAAAGAAGCAGCGGCUGCUGCCGCCACAUCCGCAAUGUCGGCGGCAUCAGCUAACUCCGGGGGAGGCGCAUCGACGUCAUCGAUGAGUGGUGCCAUGGGUGGAGUAGUUGACGGACCAGAUACGAAACCAACCAGCUCAAUGGAGGCUACGCAACAUAACCAACAGGGAGCAUCAGGUAAAGGCUCAAAACGACCUCGUCGAUAUUGCUCGUCUGCGGAUGACGACGACGAUGUAGAACCUGCAGUUAAAGCGAUGCGAGAAAAAGAACGACGCCAAGCCAAUAAUGCGCGGGAACGAAUACGCAUACGAGACAUUAACGAAGCGCUCAAAGAGCUCGGAAGAAUGUGUAUGACACACCUAAAGUCGGAUAAACCGCAAACAAAACUGGGCAUACUAAAUAUGGCAGUCGAGGUGAUAAUGACGCUGGAGCAACAAGUCCGCGAACGUAAUUUGAAUCCGAAAGCGGCUUGUUUGAAGCGUCGAGAAGAAGAAAAAGCAGAAGAUGGGCCAAAACUUGCGGCGCAACAUCAUAUGUUGCCUCAACCACCAGGCGGUGGAGUUUACGGACAACCGCCGUUGCCACAGGUAUCAGUACCACCUGGCGCAGGACUACCAGUACCACCGCCACAAGGAAGUGGCGUACAAUUGCCACCACAUUUACAACAGCACAAUCAACCACAACAUCCACAGCAAUAGCAGGCGGCAGCUAUAGCAGCGGCAACAGCACUCAUGACUGAUCCUCCCACUUCCCAACUACCUUUCACCACACAGCAGCAGCAGCAGCAACAGGAGGCUAUCAACAUUAGCACCACCAACACAACCAACGCCAUUGAACUGGAGCAACAACUAUUAAACAACCUUUUCAGGCGAAGACAUCCACCGCCACCACACUUACAACACAGCGCAAACAAUACGCAUGCGCAUUUGCUGCCCCAACAUGCACAACACCAGCUGUAGGCAAACAGGCAAGCAAGCAGACAUCAGGCAGUUAUGCAGACCUUUUUGCAAAUUUUCACGGUGAAGAACAAUAGUUAUGGUUGGUUGUCUGUGUUGGUAGUUGUUCGCUAGAGCGCACACAUACGCAUGUCCCACACACGCACACACACGAACACACAUAGGCACGCCCAUGGAAGCGUCACAAUUGUAUAUAAUUGAUAAUUGAGUAAGAAAAAUGACUCCAUAAAUUCAUAUGCAUAUGUAUGUAUGUCGUACCUUUCAUUUUCACUGCGGCUACUUUCGCAUACACGGGAGUCGCAUUUUUAACGUCUUAUAUUUGUUUUUAUUAGUGCUCACUUCUUUUAUUGCUUUACGAUUCAGUACUGUGCUGAUUUGUCCAGGUUUUAUCAAAAAUCUAUUUUAUAACAAUUUUUAUUUCAUUCUCUACUUGUCGUACAAACAUAAAUCAUGUACAAUACAUACGACAGCCAUAUUUUUCUAAACCUUUAUAAAUUAAGUAGUAUAAUAAUGAUAAGUAGAUUUUGUAUCGCUUCGUUUGUCGUUUGUUGACCGUAGUUGUGCAUAUUUUUUCGUACAUUACAAAUCAUUGUCAUAAUUUUUUUAUAUGUUUAGAAUGUUUAGAUUUCUUAGAUAAUACAAUCCAAUAUUAGAUGAGCAAAUGAAAAGAGACACAGUUCAAUUCCCACACUCCACACCUUACAUUUUAUUUUAUAAGCAGUAAAGUUAGUAAUUGAAAUAAAGUGUUAAAAAGAUAAUCGCUCGGUGAAUUUGUCACAACAGGCAGCAGCAGAAGGAACAUAGUUUUUUGAAUGAAAUAAUUGGCUUUGAAACAUUAAUAAUUCUAUUGCGAAUACAACUUGAAAAGGUCUGGACCGAUUUUUCAUAGCGCAUGUUAUUCAAGAAAAGGAAACAUUGCUAAUGUUGAACAGUGCAACUAAUUAACAAUGCCGGCAAGCUAAUCACAAACAGACCCUUUUUUACGUUUGUGUUCAAACGUUUGCAAUUUUAACUCUAAAUGAAAGUCUUAUAAGUUACUGCGGACCAAAAAGAAUGUGCAUUGAAGCUACUCAUCUGCAAAGUUGAACAUCUUUGUUGUUAGUUAAGCUAUUUAGGUAAAAUCAAAAUUAAUUAAAAUACAGAUACUUAAGUUUCUUGCCGUAAUAAAGAUUUUUUUAAAUAACUACUCUUAGCACUGCAACUUGAACAAUAUUAUGAUACUACUUUUUUGAAACCGAACAAGCCUUGUACACUAAGUUCAAAAUUUUUAAGCUUUUAGUCUGAUAAUAAUUUAACCUGUUGAUAAUUUGAAACAAAUCUAGCUCUGCUAUAAGCUUUUUAUUCAUAGAGUGAACUGAGUUCCGGCCAAAAUCGCGUAAGCGGUUAUCGCGCCAAUUAAGAAGAUGAACUGAGUUCCGGGUAAUAUUUUGGGGCAUAUUCUCUCUCAUAUAUCUUUAUGUGUACUUUAAAGCCCGCUCUUGUUCCUGAUUUUACGCUUGUGCCGUUUUGUUUCCAUGUAAGUCUCACGUCUAAGCUUUAUUGGGUUGAGGUCAGGGCUCUGUGGAGGAUGUGGAAGCACCUGUUUUACAUUGUACGAGAGCCAUUACCUCACUAUUGCGAUGAAUAUUUUGUAUGAUUGUUCUGUACUAGGCAAAAAUUGUAUUUAUUUACAAUAAUUUGACAAUGAACUGUGUCUGGUUAUCGUUUGAAAUUUUCAAGUAGUCUAUUUUGUUCAUGAUGUCUUCUAUAAAAACUGAAUUUUCGACGCCGUUUCUGCCCAUCGUUCCGCAUACCAUGACACUGCCGCGGCCAUGUUUUACCGUUUUCUUGUUCUUUUUUUCAACCCUUUUGCAUCAUUCGACGGAGGAAUCCGUGAGCACAAUCUCUCUCUUAUCACCAAGAGUGGUAUAAUCCGCAAUAAAUUAUUUUUUUGUUAAAGUUUAAGGAUAAUAAAUAAUUUUGGUAAUCCUGUAACAUCUUUUUCAUUGGAAUAAACAGUAAAAGUCUUACCGACGCAAGGUAUUUUGAGUACAUUGCGCAUUUCGAGCGGUGAUGCAAAGGGUUUAAUGUAUAACUGCUUUAUAGCAAACUGACGUGAGGCACCCCAUUCAUUCCCAUGGCAGCCGGUUCUACGUUACCGGAAUGACUCGGGUUUUUCCCGACCAAGGGCUGCCGCCCCAGUAAACUAGCCCUGUCUAGUGUACCGUGUCCCACGUGAGGUAAUACCUUUUUGGCAGUUCAGCGGGGAGAGUGGUAGAUUGUGGAGAGGUGUUUAGUACAAAGGUGUAUCUGUGAGGCUGCAAGUUCGGCAUACUGCUAUGUCGGUAUGGCAGUAUACAUGCGAGUUUCCUCUUCACGGACGUCAUCGCUGAAAAAAGGCCGUCGGUUUACGUUACUCGAACGACCCGGAUUUAUAUUCGGCCAAGGACUGUCACUCCAGCAGCAUUCUAAAAAAGGUAUGGGUAGUGUUUAUGCUACACCAACAACAACAACCACAUACACAGAUUAAAUUUGGAUAUUGGUUUCCAUUAUCCUUCGUGUAUUGCAAGCGCUUUAAGAAUUUUUUUUUGUUUUUUUUUUUUUUAUAAGUGGAGCUUGCAUUUUUAAAAUACUGUGAACUCCUCGCAAUGACAUGACGUCAUCUUUGUUUCCAUAGAAAACAGUAUCCCUUUCCACUCAUCGUUGGUGUUCUUUGUUUUCUGGCUGUGCCGAACCAUUUCUUUCGUUUCGUUCAGAGAGCAAUGCCUUCGUGCUGGCAACUUUCAAAAAGUCUUGCUUCGCGUAAACGUUUUUUUUAUGCUUCUUGCAGUCGGUGCAUUUCGUUUUCGACCGUAGCCUUGUGCGGUUUCGUUUCGAUUCGCACCCACCCAACCAGUUCACCUGUUCAGUUCUGCACAGUUCUUUGAGCUUUUUUCCUUCAUUUGAGCUUGUUUUUGGGUUUUGUUUUAGUUGUAAUAACGAACAACCUUAUACACGCUAUCCUUUUUGAAUUUUUUAGAGAAUUUGCGAUAUCUUAGUAUGCCGGCGCAUCGUGGUAGUACUACGGGGUCGAGUGCAUUCAAUGCAGCAUUUCUUCUUGCCCACUAUUUGUAUAGACUUUUGUUAUUAAAUUGAUUGAAUAUAAAUAGCAUCGAUGAUAAUUUUCAGAGAAAAUUACGUCCAACUAAUUAAUCCACAAGUUUCCUUUAAGGAAUGCGUAAGCUUUGCUAAUUAUACGCACGAAGCUUUUAUAGACAUUUUCAUGCAAAUCGCAAUUGUCUCUCAGUAAUGCGGAAAGAUACAAACACAAUAAAUUUCCAUUUUAAUGUCUGAUUAUUUUACAGGCACGUUUGUAUAGCACAUGGGGGCUGGUCAUUGUUAUAUAGUUGAAGACAUGUAUGUAUUUGUUUAGUAGUUAUCACAGCUUCGGCAAUCCGUUCGUGUGCAACCAUUCAUUUCGUUAUUAUGCACGCAUUUUACGUGUGCUAAUUUGAAAAACUACUUCUGAACUUUACAACUUUGGCUAGAUAAAUGGAAUUGACAAACACAUACAUUUUGCUGGUCAUGCCCCUUUUUCUUCUUCACAUACACCAUUGUGACUUUUACCAAAAUGCGAAGAGAGGAAAACGAUUCUUAAUCGGGGCGCAGACAAGGAAGGUUUGUUGUUAAAAGGCAAUCGAGUCGUAUGCAUAUCUCACCUACACCUACACGACUGCCGAAAAUACAAUACGGUGCGAAUGUCUUAAAGUGCUGUAGUAUAAUCGUGAUUUACGUUUCAAGCAAAAUUCAUGAGGGAGGGUCGGGUACUUUAAUUUUUUUCGUUCUGGUAAAUACUCACAAUUGAAGAACAAUUUUUCGUUCCACGUAUGUAGGAGUUGAUGAAAAAGUUGUGAAUUCACUUUUCCCACAAAAAACGUAUGCCGCAUGAAUUGAAGCUUAGGAAGCUCACCUUAUCCGCGUGACACGCUAAUAUUAUUAUUAAUGUUUUUUGUUGUAUUAAUCGGGUUAUUUGUAAUUAUUUCAAGUUAAAUCUGAUUUUUGGCAACUGUAAAAUUUUAAAGGAGCUAUUUAGAUUGCAAAAUUUGUAUGUAAAUAGAUUUGUAGUAUAGUAUUACAACAAAAAUAGUUUUCACAUUCACAUAAGUAUUGCGAAAAUCUUCAACUGCCUUGAUUUGAUGAUCGCCGAGCAAUGAGUUUCGUUAUAGAAAAAAGUACUAGAACUGUUUUGUAAUAUAAAAAAUAUAAAAUGGCGCGAAUGAAGCGAAUAAGGCAUGGAUAUGGGCUUAAACAAAACAAACACACAAAAAAUAAAGUUACAUAUAUUCAUAGAUUAAAAUACUUAAUUAUUAGCUGCAUAUAUACAUAGGUACAUAAAUACAUAUGUUAUAAUAAUUACGAUUAUAUAUAUAAUAAAUACAUAUAAAAUGGUUUAAAUUUAAUGAGAAUAGCCUGUAAGCCCGUAAAACAAAUGAUACAAGUUGAACGUUUAACGAAAAGUGUAACGACGAUAUAACAGAGAACUUGAAGUGUAACUAAGAAUUGUAUGGAAAUUGUUGUUGUAAGUAUCAAGAGCAUCAUAGCAAGACUAUAAACAUUUAAAAAUACAAAUUUUGUAGUAAGCAAGGAAGUAUUCUUUGAUAUGGAAAAGCGAAAAAUGCUCGUCUCGACGAAAUGUUGCAUGUAACAUCUAUGCACUUACUUUGAUGGGAGGCAAGAGCUAUUUAUACAGAUACUCAUAUAACUUACUCAAAAGCGGUCGUAAUGGCAUGGCGCCACACACAUAUAAUAUAAUAGUAUAAAGGAGGUUAACCUUAAGAUCUUUUGCGCUCUCUACUCAUCACAAUACCUCAUCCAAAUCCGGUUCCCUCAGUAAACCUUCAAUAGAGCUGGGCUGAGCUGAGCUGAGUGUACCUAUGUGCGUUUGUUCGUGCCGUACCAGGCCGAGAUGUUUACUACAUUUGCUCUCUAUGCAUCUCAUUCGAGAAGCAAGAGUAGUGGAGAAGCAGCGAUAAGUUGCAAAAACAACAGCAAUGGGUGGACCAUUUCUCGAUACUUUGGCACAAUUAGUUUAGCUAGUUCUAUUGAGCCAUAGUGCACUGCGGCCUCUGAUGUGGUCUAUUGUGAUUGAGGGCUUCCAAUUACGUACCGGAUUUUGUAGCAGGUUAGACUUCUAACUAUCCAGAGUCCAUCCCGAUAUACUCAACACUUGUCUAGCAUAUAAAGGUACCCCGCCCGACGCUAACCACCUAUUCACACGUGGCCUAAAACCUACCGCCCCGCCCCCUUAAACCCUGUCCUUUUGGACCCCCUCGGGAAAAGUCUUCAACUACUGAUCCAGUUUGGAGUUUUAAAAAUUCAGUAGUCUCAGUUUUGAUGUCAAUCACAUCGCAAGGUGUGAUGAUUUAUCCUGAAUACGCUAUAGAUAUUCUGCAAGGUGGUAACUCGUUUCACUUAUUAAGUAACAUAAAAAGCCAUUAGCUUCCAUUCCAGCCACGUCUUCUUUCUUUAGUCCCACACUAAUCGAUUCUUUCAAAAAAAAUUUUAGAAUUGCGUUUAUCUGGCAAAUAAAUGACCAUUUCUGGUUUGCCUGAAUCUACACCAAAAACAUCAGGUGAUAUUCAUGGUGUGUAGUCAGUAGGGGUUUUAAGCUUGAUUGGCGCACGAGUUGCUAUGGAAUAUAAAGUUGUAGCUUUCAUUACAAAAAUCGAGAAUGGUGUAUAAUUUUAUUAUAGAAGUUUUUACUAGUUGAUAUGAGUAUUUUUUAUGAAUAUAUCGGGUGUUUUUUUAGUUGCAUUAGAACUAUCGAUAAUAAUAACGACGGUUGGCCAGUUGAUGAGAAUGGCAAACUGUGUUGCUAUUUCUGUUCAGCAAGGUUUGGCAAGCCAUUAUGAGUCGUUUAUUUUGAAAAAAAAAGAGAUUCUUUGCGCGCACUUCGUCCAUUUUGAGUGCGGUUUACACCCUGGCGGCAUCAUCGGUCCUUAUUUCUUUUGAAAUACUAUAAGGAAGGAGCUGCCGUUACGGGGCAUGGCGUGCGCUGUCGAGCUAUGCUUACCGAUUUUUUUUUUUAAUUAAUCAGCUAAACAUCGACGACAAGACGGCGCAACUUGCUAUGCAGUGCGCUUAAAAAUCGAUUUAUUGGACUGAUCGAAUGGACCAUGUAACUCGUAGCCACGCAGAUACAUAUAUGCCAGAUAUCAUAUUCAAAAAAUAAAUACCCUGAAAUUAUCUACCAGACUACAAUAAAACUUAGCAGACUACAAACAAAUUCAUUCCAACAAUAUUUCUGUGUUGUAUUAUCAUUUUAAGUUCUCAAGUUCUUAAAAAACCACCCGAUAAUACUUUCGCUUCCAUCUUAAAAGUUUUAUGUAUUCAAUUGCUGUAACUUCUUCGAAACGAUACACUUACGCAUAACACGAAAUGGCGUUUGAAAUUAUUUCCAUUGUAUAUUUUUGUGACUAAUAACUUUCUGCGUGCACUCGCUGUACAAAUUUGAAAAAUAAUAAUUGUUCAAAAGUUGCUAUGUUGCAACGUUCUUUUGCCAGUGUUAGCCACAGAAAUGUUGCAAUUUAUAAUUUUGACUGCCGUUUAACUGCAAAAUAUCGGUAAACCAUUGCAAGCUAUGAUUGCAGCUCAAAACAAGUUGGCCAAAUUUAAAUGUAAAAAAAUAAAAAUGUUUAUUCAUAAGCAAUUGUUAACGCUUACAACUACUGGCCCUUUAUUGUCAUAGCUCUAUUUUAUUUAAAUUUUAGUUAAUUUUAAAUUUAGUUAAAAUAAACCGCAAAACAAUAAACUGCAUUAAUUGUAGGUAGAACUCAUGCCAAGUGUUAGUUUAUCAUUUUCUGGUUAAUAUAAUUUUUUUGUAGUUUUUCGAAGUUUAUCUUUAUUUUAGAGGAGCUACUUUCAUUGCCAAAAUUACUUGUGUAAUAUUGUUUGUUUCCUUUUUUUCUAAACAAUGCCUUCUUGUCCUUAAGCGCCAUCACAUGACAUUAUACAUUUUGAUAUUAUGUUGUUUUUGUAACAGCAUAAAGCAUUCCCCUCAAAUUGUGGGGAAUGUUGCACGAGUGAUGGGAUAUGGUAUGGCCAGCGCGUUCCAGUAACGUAGACCCAACUGUCGUGGGAAAGUGGUGAAAAAGCAUUCAGUUAUAUAGAAACAAAAAAAAAAUUAAAAAAUACAAAAUACAAAAUUGAAAAUAAGAUUCAUAGUUACAAUCGUCUGUAAGUUAAUUAAUAUUCUAUAUAUACAUAGUUAAUUUUUGUUAUUUUAAUUAUGAUUUUUUUUAAUAUUCUUUUGUAUGGUACUUUUUUAAAAUAAUGACAACAAAUGUCAUGAAGAAGUAUUUACUUAAACAAAUAAAUUAAUCUAAGGUUUUAUAUAAAACUAAAUAAUUUCGAAACCCUAUAAAAAAACCUACAAAUACAUAUAUAGAUCGAGUAUUUUAAUCAAGUACAUCCAGUUGUUUACCUACAUCAUGAUUAUAUGCGUAAAGUGUGUAUCUAUGAUAAAUUUUAUUUUUAUAUAAUAUAUAUGUUUACAUUGAUUUAUAUGUUUGUGGAAGUCUUAAAGGGCCACGCGUUAAUGCGUUAUAACGCAAGUGAGAAAGUGAGAGAUAUAUGUAUAUGUAUAGCAAACGAAAUUGGAUGAAGAACUAAGGAAAUUCUAUGUAUUAAUACUAUUAAAAUGGUAAAAUAUAUCACAUGUGUAUAUUAUAUGUACUUAAUUUUUCAA